CCCAGGGUUGUGGCCACGCGCAGCGGCAGCGGUUGUUCCGCUUCCCCUCCGGCCCGGGCCGUCGCCAUUGCCGAAGGCUCCUGCCCUCCCCUCCCUGGCCCAAGGGGUUCUGCGCCUCACGGCCUCGGUAGCGACGGCCGCGCCCCGCGCCGCUCCCCUCCGCCCUGCCCUCCUCCCUCUCUGCGCCCCAGCGCAGUGCUCGCCCGCGUCGGCCAGGCAGCCCGCCCUGGGUCGGGCGGAGACCUUUCCUCUCUGGCUGUUUCAUAAUUCUGAAUCAUGUCUGAUAACGGAGAGCUAGAAGACAAGCCCCCAGCACCUCCAGUGCGGAUGAGCAGUACCAUUUUUAGCACCGGAGGAAAAGAUCCUUUAUCAGCCAAUCACAGUUUGAAACCUUUGCCUUCUGUUCCAGAGGAAAAAAAACCCAGGAACAAAAUCAUCUCCAUAUUCUCUGGCACAGAAAAAGGAAGUAAAAAGAAAGAAAAAGAACGGCCAGAGAUUUCUCCCCCAUCUGAUUUUGAGCACACCAUCCAUGUUGGCUUUGAUGCUGUUACGGGAGAGUUCACUGGCAUGCCAGAACAGUGGGCACGGCUGUUGCAGACCUCCAACAUUACCAAACUGGAGCAGAAGAAGAACCCUCAGGCAGUGCUGGAUGUCUUGAAGUUCUACGACUCCAACACUGUGAAACAGAAGUACCUGAGUUUCACUCCUCCUGAGAAAGAUGGCUUCCCUUCUGGAACACCAGCACUGAACACGAAGGGGUCAGAGACAUCAGCUGUAGUGACAGAGGAAGACGACGACGAUGAAGACGCUGCUCCUCCCGUCAUUGCCCCUCGGCCAGAUCAUACAAAAUCAAUUUACACACGGUCUGUCAUCGACCCCAUUCCUGCUCCAGUUGGUGAUUCUAAUGUUGACAGUGGUGCCAAGUCUUCAGACAAACAGAAAAAGAAAGCCAAGAUGACCGAUGAAGAGAUUAUGGAGAAAUUAAGAACUAUUGUGAGCAUAGGGGACCCAAAGAAAAAAUACACAAGAUAUGAAAAAAUUGGGCAAGGGGCUUCUGGGACAGUUUUCACUGCGACUGAUGUGGCCCUGGGGCAAGAGGUUGCUAUCAAGCAGAUUAAUUUACAGAAACAACCAAAGAAGGAAUUGAUCAUUAAUGAAAUUCUGGUGAUGAAAGAGUUAAAGAAUCCCAACAUAGUUAACUUCUUGGACAGUUACCUGGUAGGAGAUGAGUUGUUUGUGGUAAUGGAGUACCUCGCUGGUGGGUCCCUCACUGAUGUCGUAACAGAAACCUGCAUGGACGAAGCGCAGAUCGCAGCUGUAUGCAGAGAGUGUUUGCAGGCGUUGGAGUUUUUACAUGCUAAUCAAGUGAUCCACAGAGACAUCAAAAGUGACAAUGUGCUUUUGGGAAUGGAAGGCUCAGUUAAACUUACUGACUUCGGCUUCUGUGCCCAGAUCACUCCUGAACAGAGCAAACGCAGUACUAUGGUUGGAACACCGUACUGGAUGGCACCAGAGGUGGUGACACGGAAAGCCUAUGGUCCCAAAGUUGACAUAUGGUCUCUGGGCAUCAUGGCUAUCGAGAUGGUUGAAGGAGAGCCUCCAUACCUCAACGAAAAUCCUCUGCGGGCAUUAUACCUGAUAGCAACAAAUGGAACUCCUGAACUUCAGAAUCCAGAAAAACUUUCCCCAAUAUUUCGGGAUUUCUUAAAUCGGUGUUUGGAAAUGGAUGUGGAGAAAAGGGGUUCUGCCAAGGAACUGUUACAGCAUCCUUUCCUGAAACUGGCCAAACCAUUGUCUAGCUUGACGCCACUGAUCCUGGCAGCUAAAGAAGCAAUGAAGAGUAACCGCUAACAUCGUCACCGAGGCCUCCUAUUCCCUUAUCCAUUUUCUAAAAGAAGUCUUUUAAUACAUGAAAUUGUUACUCUGAGGGGUUUAAAGAGACAGUCUGCAUCACAUGGAGGAAAAAAAAAACUAUUAUUUUCUAAAGAUGACCAAGAGAAAAUUGCAGUAAGAGAGCUAUGACUUUGAAACGAGCCCCUGCUUUAGGGUCCAAGAGGAACGGUGGACUGCAUCACUAGCCUUACAUGUCCCGCAGACCGCGCUUGACAUUCGCAUACUGUGUGAUGACUCUUAGUAUGGCAGAUCCUGUUCAUGUCUCCCCUGGGGGAUUUCCCAUACUUGAAUGUCAGAUUCGAGUUUUUCCGAGUAUUUCAUCUGCUGGUCUUCUCUCCUUCGUAACCUUCCCUUCCUCUAACCCAUUCCUUCUAAGUUGUCACUUCUGAGUUUUUCUUAUGCCUAUAUCCAAGGCAGAUGUGAUAAAAUGAUUGAUGUAGCUCUUUACAUUGGGAAAGGAGCUUGGCAUGCUUAGCUUCCUAUAGAAGUCAGGACCGCUGGUGUACGGAGUGUUUCAGUUCAGAGCCUAAACUGAAAGGGGGAAAGUAUGUGAUUUUUUUACCUUUUUUAACAAAUGUGAAAGAGUCAGCUUUAGAAAUUUUGUGGUAGUAAGUUUGACAUUUGUUACAUGUAUAGAAAGAGGACUAAUAAUCUAUAUUUAUAACUAAAUCAUUGAUACAGAGAAGAAAAAUCCCACUGACUGUAUAUUCUCACUAUUUUGUAGUCUUUUCUGCCUGUUUCUCCUCAUAUUUGGCUUUAGGAACCAAAGUGAUUUGUGCUUGUUGACACAGGCUGUAUGACUUUGGUGCCACUCCCUUCCCUGUGUUUCCUUGGAAAUAAGUGUCUGUAUAUGUUGUGAUUUUAGGUGUCAGUUUUGAAUCAACCCUUAUUUCACAUACACCCCCUCCACCCUCUAGAGCAAGAAAUAACCAUUGAAUUUUCAGAAUUUAAAAUUUAAAAGAUUUUUCCUAUUUAAAAGGAAAAAUAUUUGGGACUAGCAGAAACCAGGUGAGAUUUGAACCUUGGUGAGUUCUAGGCUAGUUGUAAUAAUGAAAUGUCAAUAUUGUAGAGGUGAAGUUUCUGAAAGUAAACUGUAAAGACUCAUCGAAUCUACAGUGUUCCUGACCCAUUAUCAAUGCUUUACUGGUUAUGACAGAUGAAAUAGCGCAGUACUUGAUGGAUCAUUUGAGGUGUUGGGUACUUUAGUGUUUGUUUUUCCAAAUGAGUAGGGUAUUCAUUGUAAAAAACAAAAACAAACUGGAGAAAGAAAACUGCAGUGUUCGUAUUGUUAGUAAUACUUUUAUUUUAAAGAUUUAAUAAAAGGUCUGUGACCUGUAGUAGUAGCUGUUAGCUGCCCUCUCCCCACUCCUGUCUUUCCUCUUCUCUGCUUCUCUGUAUUGCUUUGUUGUUUUGCCUGUGAGGAGGUAUUGCUGUCUAUCCUACAGUCCCGCAGCCAUAGAAAAGAAAAUCCCUGUGGUUGGUUCAGGUUUGUUCCCACCAUCCCCUUUCAAAGAAUGUGACACAUACUCACCCUGCCAUUCUGCAGAGUACAAAUCAUAAAUGAGUAAGUUUACUCUUUGGGUUGGGGAAGGGGCAGGGUUUCAUUUCCUGUUGUUCCCAUUAGAAUACGGGAUAAGAAGAGAUCACUAGGGGCUUUCAGCGAAAGUCAACAUCUAGAGUACUUACUGGCCUGUUUUCCUUGUGAGCUCCUUUUCCUCUGGACUGUAUUUUCCUACAGCUGUCACUAAAUUACAGGAACAAAGUGGUUUCUUUGUGGUGGGAAGCUAGGCUGCCUCUUGAGUUCUGGCUGUGAGCGUUGUUUGUGAGCCGCUGUCUGGAUAGAUUGUGAGACAGUGCUGCCAGCAUAGAAGAAAGCCAGCUACAUGGUGGCACUGCUUAAGAAGGUGCUCCGUCCUCAGUCCCAGAGAGCACCGGGGGCACAGGCCGCUGCCCCUCCUUAGGCUGUGACUCCACACCGGCUUGUCCACAACAGAAGCAGUCUGGGGUUUGUACUUAGAAUUUCUUGGAUGGUUAUUUGCAUGUCCAUUGCUGGCGACGGACUCUGUCAUUCAAACCUGACUCCAAGGUUAAGGGAGCUGCACUGUGGUUUAUUCUCUCCUGACCUGGAUAAACUAACCUGGAAUAGUGAAUAGUAAGGGGUAAUUUUGAGAUGUGUCAUUUUUAAACAAAAUAAUCUUUAAAGCAAUAUAGAAUUGUGAUUUAUUAGUUAAUUUUAAAUUAAAAUUUUGAGAUCCUGUUGAAAGACAA